CUGCCCUCGUCCCACUUUAUUGACUUUAGUUCACGAAGCAGCGAUCGUAUGCGUAGGAGUGCUGUGCGUUUUUGUGCCGUAAACAACGCCAUCGCUUUCCCCUAGUGUUGUGAAGUGUUGUUAUAAGGAAAGUUACAAUGUUUAAACAUACCCGGACACUGUUGUGUGUUCUUUUCGUGAUCGCUUUGUUCGAUCCGAUCAUCGGUGCUAGAGGAUUUGGAGGCAGACAUAGUUACCCUAGCAACCGAGGUGGAUUGUCAGGUGGAGGCCAUCACUCAUACCCGUCAUCUGGAGGUCUUUCCGGCACCGGUCACAGACCUCCAAGUCAUGGAUAUCCAAGUUCCGGGGGGCUAUCAGGCGGAGGGGGAGGACACUCUUACCCAUCCUCGGGUGGUUUAUCAGGAUCAGGUUCGAGACCUCAAACCCACGGAUACCCAAGUCCAGGCUACAAGCCGAAUAAUAAUUAUCCCAAUUCACCGACGCAUACAUCUCAUACGACUCAUACGACAAUAAAUAAUCACUACCAUUACAGUCCUCCUCAACAAAUAAGAUACGUUAGUCCGUCUGGUACCCAAGUCCACUACCCUGUAUAUCGUAGUGCUCCACCUACAUAUGUCUACCAAUAUAAGGAUUCAGGAAGUAAAUACGGUACACUACUGGCUGGUCUGGCGUUGUUAAAUCUUGGUGUCCUUGCCGGCGGCGUGUAUGCAAACAGCCAGAGUCAUAAGACCUACCAAGCCAAACCAGGUGAAGUUUGUAAAUUCGGCAUAAGGAAAGAUAAUGGAGAUUACGAGGAAACGAGAAUUGAUUGUCAGAUUAUAUCCAGUUAUAUAUAUCAAGACACGGCAACGACCACCGUAGCUCCAAAUGCUCAGGGCAACAAUAUGACCGUUGUAACAACAACAGUGACCAACACUACAAUUGUCAAUAUGACAAACCCGGUAGCUCCGACGGGGGGCGAAGUCAUGUUACCAAAUGGAACACUAGUGAUGACUAAUGUUACUGAUAAUGCAGCUAAUAGUACUUCUUCGUCAUCAGUCACUGUCACGACGACAACAACAAACACGACGACGGUCAAUGCUUUGGAAGUGAAAGGCGCGCCUAUUGCGGUAACGCCCAAGAUGAAGUGUUACGUGAUAAAGACAUCCCCUACAUCAAACAUGCGAAAGUCAGUGGAUUGUGGCUUAUUGCAAGCAUAUGCAGAACAAUCAUUGCGUAAAAAUUCCGCUGUGCAAAAUAUUCCUACGUUCGCCGUAUUGACAGUUAUUAUUGCUGCGUUUGUUGUUUAUUAAUGUAGGUUUGAGUUUUGGUAUGUUAAAAUGUUGAACUUUGAAUAGUGAGUUGUUCGAUAAUAUGCUUUCCAGAAGAUUCUAGGAGUAUCAUACGCCGCUUAGACAAUCAAGAUCAUAAGCAAAUCGCUCACCAAUUAUGUAUGUUCUCGUUAUAUUUUUUUCAUGUUAAUUGAAUUAUGCAUCUUUUAAAUGUAUCAUAAUAAUUUUGGCCCUAAAUUACAGUCUAGUCUAUUAUAUACAAAAUCAAUAACAUAGUAGAAAUGUGUACAUUGUCCUUUAUUACCUAAUUGAAUACAUUAUUUUAGGUUCAUUUUGAAUACUAAAAUAAAAUUAAAGAGAAUUAAUUAGUAUAGCCUCGUUGUGUACUUACUUUAAAAUUUUUAUAAAAUAUGUUGAUUGCUAAAAAUAUUAUGAACUGUGCAGUUAUUAUUAAAAUUCUCGUAAAAACCACGAUAAGAAUUUCUGUGAUAUACCAUGGAUAUACCUAAUGAGUAAAUGUUUUUAUUCUUAUUA